AUGUCAGCAGAGCAGUUCUCAAAGCUCUCUCUCAGAGAGGAAAUGGUGACGACUCGUGCUGGGGCCGCAAAAGCAGCCCGACCAGGAUCCGGAUCGUCAUCGGACACAAGUCAUGAUAAGCCGCUACCAUCUAUCGAAUCGCCUGCACAAAAUUCUUCGGUACCCGCACUUGUCAUAUCGACAAACAAUCUGCAGUACAAUGUCUCGAACUUUGAUAGCGACUUGCGGCAGCGAGUCAAGAACGGGUUGGAGGAGAACGAGAUCAAGAUGAAGUACUGCGCACUUUCAACCGGUCAAGAGACCAACGGAAAGAAACAGUUCUACAUUGACGACGACAUUACCGUUUCGAUUGGGGGAGAGCUUCGAAGGCCGACAUGUACCUGUGGAGCGAACGAGAAAGGUCUUGCUUGUAAACAUAUCUACUGGUUGGUCGACCAGAUCCUCUCAACUGCUCCAGAGUAUCUUGACGAAAAGCCUGUUCAGUUCUCACCGGACGGAUCGACCGUGCAGAGUACGACACCUGUGGAUAUCCUCAACAACAAAGGCCUGGAGGGCGUAGCAGGUGACCUGAAAUGGGUGUUGCAGAAGGAGGACUUGCCUGAGGAUGAAGACGACAUGAGAGACGAGAUCACAAACAUGCUCUCCGUAUUUGAGCCUCAGGAAGCCUUGCCUGGGGAGUUCAAGACACCAGAAUCGCCCUUGAUAUCCGAGCGGUCCAGGAGGUACCAAGAGUUCGCGGCGCUAUUUUCCGAGUAUGCUAUCCGCGACCCUGGUCUGUUCCUACAAGUCCGCCAUGUCAUCGACCCAGACUUCCAGCGGCGUGUCUUCUUCCAGAAAAUAAAUAGCCGCAUAGCCCGUACCUUCCAUGCCUUGGACGAAUACAUUACGCAUGGCUCGGUCGAUGCCUCCCCGGAUGCGCUGCGGCUCGACAUUCCAAACUGUGCUGGGCAGCUCAAAUACCUGGUUAAUGCGAUUGACAAGUUCUGUUGUGAACAAGACGCGGAUGAUUCCGACACCCGCAAUAUAGCAGUCCGAGCCGCUGCUGCCCUGAUCACUAUCUUGGACGAAGUGGUAAAGCGCAACGUCAACUCGUACGAACAGAACCCUCUGGGUCUAGAAGCUCCAUCAGACCCUGUCGACAACAACCUUUUCGUUGCGCUUAUCGGCUCUCAUAAGGAUGGCAGCCCCAUGUUCGUUCUUGACUCUUUACGAUCGUUGCCUCAAGAGGAUGUUCUCCAAAGCCACUGGGAAGUGCUGCAACGCAUUGAGCAGAAGCUAGCUGAUGCGCAAACUCCUUCGUCCUACGAGAAUACUUUCCGACGAUUUGUGCACGAUACCCGCAAGAGAGCGUCUUCUGAGGUCCGUGAAGGCGAACCAAAGCGCACCAUGCAGGAGUAG